CCCAGCCUGUUAACCAACUACCAAACACUUAAAUUUCUCGUACUUUAAGUUUUCAAUAGUAAAUUAAUUAUAAGCUAAAAGUAGCGCCAGAGCAAUUUACAAAAACAACACUUACAAAAAUGGGUGCAACACGCGACAAGCCACGCAUCAAUGUAAGCCUCAUCUCGCUCAAAGUGGUGGUGUUUUUUGUCAUUAGUGGCAUUACCGUGCUCCAUGUGCUACACGCCAACAUACCACUCCUGCUCGGCUUGAAUUUCAACGAGUAUCGUCGCAUAAGCAUUAUUGCGCCUUUUGUCUCGAUAAUCGGUCCACUGAUUGCCGGUCCACUCGCCGAUCGUUUGGCUGCCAAGAAUGCCACUAAUUUCGGACGCAUUCUUCGCUUCCUCACUGCCCUUUUCCUAGUACUCGCUGCCAUCGUGUACGCUUGUCUCUUCGCCAUACCCGAAGUGCAAAGAGAGGAGGCACGUCGUCCGUUGGUUAGCUUCGGUUGUGAUUUUAAUGGCGCGGUCAUAUUUCAGGAACGCUGCUCAAAAGAGGCCACCUGCCAUCAUUGGAACGCGAAGAUGGGCAAUGUAAAUUUGACACGUUGCACCUAUACCUGCCAAGAUCCCACGAAAUAUGAGAAUAUGUAUACACCAUGGUUUGAAGGUGUACCCACGCCUUUGCCCUCCACGGAGCAUAGUUCGGAGUUUGAUUAUGAAGAUGAAUCGGUUGCCACAUCAACGGAAAGUUUGCGCGUCAAACGUGCAGUUGGCGGUUCGGCUGAGUAUGGCGGCGAGCUAUUGAGCGCUGAGGUUCAACAACAGCAACAACAACGUGCUAGUCGCGCUGCACGUGAUGCCGGCGAUGCCACGCCUAUGAAGAUCUAUGUAGAGCCACCACAUUUGUGCCUCACCCAAAAGACGGACAGCGGUGAGACUGUGGUGAAGAACUGUCAUGUUUACACGCACGACACGAAUAACAUUGUAGUGCAUUCAGUUCUACGUGCAGCUGAUAGUAACAAUGAUAAUGACACGCACAGCGACGACUGGUGCAAAUAUCCUUUGGAUGGCUUCCAGUGCAACAUACCCACCGCACAGGUUGAAUACAUGAUUGGGCUCAAGAAUGGCAGCGCUUGCAAACCGAUGAUUGAAUGUCAAGUGAUUGAUCCUUACGACAGCAAAGGCAGUGUACUGGCCGAUAGUGAAUGCAUUAAAAUUACUGGAGACUUGGAUGCCACAUUGGGCGGCUACACUGCCAUCCGCUUGUUGGGCGAUAUUUUCGUGUUGGCCGCAUUUACACUCCUCAAUACCGCCAUCGUUAUUGCAGUACGCGAAACCUCCGAAGGACGUGGCGAGGUGUGCCGUCAGUAUGCCUGGGGUGCUAUUGGUUAUGUCAUCUUCUUUUCCCCCAACUUUUUAUUUGGCUUUUCCGAUGAAUCGAAAUAUGAUGCCACUGUGACGAUAGCACUAAUCCUUGUCAUUGUGUGUCUGCUCAUCGGUGCAUUAGUGCUGCUCCUUGCCUCGCAAAUGCCGCUCAGCCCACCAGAAUGGUGGUGGCACACAAAGACAGGCAUGUUGGUCUAUCCCAUGUCGGCAAUACGCCGCUAUAGCCCUGAAAUUUUCUUACUUACUCUUGUUGCCAUACUAUUUGGCACAUUCUGGAGUAGCAUUCACAGUUAUCUCCGGUGGGCAUUCAACGAUGAGUAUGCGGUGACCUAUUCCGGUUUGAUCUUGGUAUUGGUGCUGUUUUUCAAUGUGGACAAAUUCAUCGAAUAUUGCGGACAUUCGAAUAUCUUUAUCGCCGGCUUUGCGGUAUUCAUCAUACGCUUCACUGCGCUGAGCUGCGAAAUCACAUGGCUGACCCAUGUCAUGCAGGUUAUUGAGCCGGUCGUCAUUGGAGCUGUGUGGAUAACGAUUAUACUGUAUAUGCGGCAUGCAAUGCCCAGGAAGUUGACAGCGACCGGACAGGCUGUGGCUGUGUUGGCCUUUUUCGGCAUUGGCAAAGGUUUGGGCGCCAUCAUUGGCUUGGCGCGCGACGAUAAGGUGCCUCAAUGGGGUUCAGAGGAGAUCCAUCAAUGGCUGGCCAUUGCCGCUUGCAGCAUUGCAGUCAUUUAUUUCAUCAUUUACAAUUUGAUUUUGGCGCCACGUUGUACUGCCAAAUCGCAGCAUAUUGAAGAGUUGAUUUCCGGUUCGGCAUCGCAUAACUUCAGCAAUGGCACCGGCAAUGGAGCAGGCAGCACCGGACAAGGUAACACCAGCGCUGGUGCGGCGUUGAAUGGGAACUCGAAUUAUUCGCCGCUACGCGUGUACCAUAAUGAACGAGGGAAGUUGGGACAAUUUAGAUUUUAAAUUCAACUAUGCGCUUC